AUGCCGAACCGUGUGUGGAGAACGAACUGGUAUCGAGCUGAGGUUCAGUCAGUCGAUGUGGCCCGCAGAGUUGUUAGUGUGUUUUACAUCGACUUUGGAAAUGAGGAGAAUGUUACACUUGACAGCAUAAGGCCUCUCUCUGAGAACAUUGAUGCUGCACCACCAUUUGCUUUGCAGUGUUGUGUUGCUGGGAUAAAGCCUCUGACAGGAAGUUGGACAGGCGAAUGCGCUAUUGCUGUUAGGCAGUUAAUUGCUGGAAAGAGUCUCACCUUCACAGUGUUGGAUAUCAUGAAUGAUGGAGCUCUGCUUGCGGUAGAUGUUCCUCUAAGCACUCUUGGUAAAUACAUGAGCACUUUCCUGAUAGAGCAGGGCUAUGCCGUAAAGGAGGACGUUUCUGUCAAACCACAGACUGAACAUGACAUCAAUUCAUUGAUGACAGCAUCCUUUGAGAACUUCAAGCGCUUGUCUGGAGGAAAGAAUGAGAACUCUGAAGCCAGGCCUCCAGAACCGUUGACUCAAGGAUUGGGUGACACAUUCACUGCUAUUGUCACCCACCUCCAGUCUCCCUCAGAGAUCCUCUGUCAGAAGCUUGAAAAUGCGAGUGUAAUCCAGCAGUUGCAAGUGAACUUAAGGGAGCACUGCUCAAAAACUCCGGCAAGUGAGAACUUCAGACCUGCACCAGGAACUGUCUGCUGCUCACUCUUCUCUGAGGACAACCAGUGGUAUAGAGCUAAAGUUCUAGCAUAUUCCUCGGAAGAUCGUGUGUGUGUUGGCUACAUAGACUUUGGAAACUCUGAGGAGGUUGAGUUAUAUCGCCUACGACCAAUCAGCAAAGAGUUGCUGGCUUUGGCAACUCAAGCAAUCCCUUGUUCUUUAUCAGGUAUAAAGUCUCCAACGGGCACCUGGCCAGAGGAGGCCAUUUUGAUGGUGAAACGUCUGGUUUGCAACCGCUUCAUACGGGUUGAGAUUCUGGGUAAGAAGGAUGGUAGGGCUCUGGUGUCCAUGAUUGAUGAGUCUAGUGACCCUCAGACCAAUGCCGCUGAGGUGUUGAUUAACAUGGGUUAUGUUGCCAUUGAAAGUGUGGAGACAGAGAAAAAUGAACCGACUCAAGCCUCCUUACCUGAAAUGCCUUCCCUCAGUCCACCUGUUGUUGAGAAAAUGGAGUGGACUUGUGCUGAACUUCCCUAUGAUGGCCAGAAGGUGGGGCUAGUAAUCAGUAGUCUGAAGAGCCUUGAUGAAUUCUACUGUUAUAACUACAGCAAAGCAGAUGCACAUAUCCUGACAGAGCUGUCCUAUGAGCUCAUGAAGCAUUGUGAAUUGGAGAGAGCUUCCUUUACCCCCACUGUGGGAGAACCGUGUUGUGCUCUCUUCACAGGAGAUGCCCGCUGGUACAGGGCCAUGGUAUUAGAAGUGUGUGGAGAGGGUAAGGCCAGAGUUUAUUUUGUGGACUAUGGGAACUCUUGUGAGGUGGAGGCAGCACAUCUAAAGGCCAUCACCCCAAGCCUGCUCAAACUGCCUUUCCAAGCAAUUCGCUGCUGGCUUGCAGGAGUGGAAGCAGUGGAGAGUCAGUGGAAUAAAGAGGCAAUACAUAAGUUUCAGGCUCUUUGUGCCGGUCAGCCGUUGAGUGGCAGAGUGCUGUCCAUCACUGAGAAGGGUUAUGGGGUAGAGCUGGAAAGCGCCGGACAAAGCAUUGCUGCUGUGCUAAUCUUGGAGCACCUGGCUAAACCUUAUAGACAGGUGAAACAGCCUCCUGUGCAGCCAGCUAAACCCACCAGUCAGAUUGAGGAUCUGCCCACCCUUAAACCCAUUGAUCAGAGUCCACCUUCUGAAGAGCCUUUGAAAGUGAACAACAAGGGAGCUGCCAAUGACACAGAAGGUUCAACCUCAUCAAUCGGCACUUUUCCUUUGAACUGGAAAACAUUGGAGCUGUCUUGCACUGAUGCUUUCCAACCAAGGGUGGCAGCAGUGAUCAGCCCUAGUCUCUUUUACAUAAUGAAUCCUGGACAAGUGAAUGUGGAUGGUCUGAAGGCUGUUAUGACUGAUGUUGCGAAGUACUGCAGCAAACAGCCAAUCCCCAAUCAGUGCCACCCUUUACCAGGAGCCGCUUGUUGUGCACAAUUCUCAGGUGACAAAAAUUGGUACCGAGCUGUUGUGUUGGAAGUAACAAGCAAGCAUGCACAUGUAAUUUACGCCGAUUAUGGAAACAUGGAGACGGUCCCUGUCUCCAGUAUCCUUCCCAUCACCAAAGAACUUCUCCAGCAUCCAUUCCAGAUCGUCAGAUGUGCACUGGCAGGUAAAGAGAACUUCCCUACAGUGUGGCCCACUGAAGUUUUGGAACUCUUUGGGAUUCAGUUGAGCGGGGGCAUCCUGGGAUCUCUGCAGGGCUUUGAUGGGACCUCCAACUUGCUUACCCUUACCCAGCAGUCUGGUCAGACUAGCAGAGACAUUAAUGCCAUUAUUCUUGGAGCUCUGCAGAAAGGACAGAGCAAGGCUAACUCAAAGCCACCUGUCAUUGCUGCCGAGGAAAAAAAGGAUGUAGAUCAGAGGCAGACACAAACCGUCAGCUCAAUCAAGGCCGCAGAUCAACCUCAAUCUGCACAUGUUGAGAAACCUGACCUGGAAUAUCAAGCCCCUCCUCUAAGUGCCCGCUACAGGCUUGAGGAACCAGAAAACACGUCCAAGACGAUGACUUCAGUGGAAUGCACUGAGCCACAAAAAAUUACGAGCACAAAGGACAGCAAUGUUCCUCAUUCAUGCUGCUGUCUUGAGCUGAAACAAAAGAUUGACCAUAUUGAGAAAUUGAUUCUCCUCCUCGUGAAACAAGUUGGUGGAACCAAAUCGUAACUCGUCAAGAUUUUCAGUGUCAAGUUCAAAACAAAUAACUGCUGCCCCGGACAGUUUUCUUUUCUUCCAUCAGUGAAAUGUCGUCUUUUUGAGUUAAUGUAUCAGUGGUGUCAAACAUGUUUGUUGUCUUUGUCAGCACUUGAGAAAAUAGAUUUUAUACUCUGAGAGGCAUGAUUAUUUUAUUUUUAUUUUAUUGCACCAAUGUUAUUGUUGGUGUUGUUUUAUUAUAUACAAUGUUUAUUGCUUUUAUUUUCAGUGGAAAAACUAUUAACCGUGAAUUAUGCAG